GGAACUUUUGUUGUCGCACGAACCGGUUUGACGGCGCACCGGAAGUAGGACGCUUCUUUCCUGUCGGUGCCCCCUGUGCAAGUGCUCUAUCCCCGCAGCGCAUCACGUGGCCGUGCGGAGGACUGGUUCGGAGAGAUGAUGCAGGUAACGCAGAGCGGUUCGUUCCAGCACGCAGCGGUUCUGCGGGAGUUCGGCUGCGAGCACAGCCUUCUUUCCCGGCCCGACGGUUCGGCCUCGUUUGUUCAGGGUGACACCACAGUGCUGGCUGGGGUGUACGGUCCCGCGGAGGUCAUGGUCAGCAAGGAGAGUUUUGACCGCGCGACCCUGGAGGUCACUCUCAAACCCAAAGUGGGAAUGCCAGGAGUGGCAGAGCGCAGUAAGGAGCAGUGCAUCAGACAGACCUGCGAGGCUGCCCUGCUCACCAGACUGCACCCUCGAACCUCCAUCACACUGUCCCUGCAGACUGUGCACGACGACGGGGCUCUCCUGGCGUGCUGUCUGAACGCUGCCUGCAUGGCCCUGAUGGACGCAGGGCUGCCCAUGCACUGCCUGUUCUGUGGAGUGUGCUGCGCCAUCGACCAGCAGGGGACCAUCAAACUGGACCCCACAGCCAGGGAGGAGAAGGAGAGCCGUGCGGUCAUGACCUUUGCCCUCGACAGCACUGACUGCAGAGUGAUGAUGUCAUCAACCAAGGGUUCCUACACAGCCGCGGAGCUGCAGCAGUGUAUCGCAGUGUGUCAGAGAGCCUCGGAGAGCAUCUUCCAGUUCUACAGAGACUCAGUCAGCAGGAGAUACUGCAAAGCAUGAAGAGGGAGGGCACGCAGACGCUCCCAUUGCACCACAGCAGGUGUUGUGAUAUUCGGGCGGGUAUUGUGUUCCUUCUUUAUGUCCGUGUAAUGAUAAUGGGCUGGAGUCGUUGUGCAUUCCUCUGUUAUUUUCACACCAUACUGUUGUACUGUACAGAGCGGGCUUCUGUGUCCCAACUGAUUCAAAAUUAAAGAAUAUCCAAAUA